AACGAAUGGAACCCGAGGAAGUCGGCAGAUUCGGGUCCGAAAACGAUCGAGCAGGUGCAUAAUGAGGCACGAAAGGAGGACUUGAUGAAUAAACUGCAGCGUGAACAGUACGAGAAGAAACGUGGUCCAUACGAGGGUCGUGCCUCACUGGAUCGCAGAGGAAUGGGUGCGUCCUCGGGACGACCGACCAUCAUCGGACGUCAAUCGCAAGACGGUCGUUAUUCAGCCCGGGGCGGCGGUGGUCUAUCCUCAGUCUCGUCCGCACCCGGUCUGACACAGUCACAAAUUGAAAACCAAAAAGCUCGUGCGGCCGUGGCUGCGAAUUUGGUCGUGUCAACUGCAUCCAGGAAGAAUCAAUCGUUGAAUAGUGUAGAUCAACCGCAAUCGCUAGGCGGCGGGCGUCGUCAGUUCGCGUGCGGAAGCGCAGGCGGUGGUCAACAGGACAGAGAUAGAGCGCUGCAACAGGGAUUGGGCGGUGGUGGCCCCGCCCCGUCGGGACAGUCCUCG